AUGGAAGCCGCCGAUGACCGGCGAGGAGAGGGCGAAGCCGCCGAUGACCGGCGAGGAGAGGGCGAAGCCGCCGACGACGAGCGAGAAAGAAAAGCGAGUGAGUCCGAGGAGUCUGACGAAGAGCGAUCAAGAAAAGCGAGUGAAUCCGAGGAGUGCGAUGGCGAUGGCGAUGGCGACAUGGGCGAAGAGGGCAAACGAGUGGAAGCCUACGCGCUUGCCAACGAGCGCUCCGAGAAGGGUGUGAUCGCGUUGGAGAACUGGGAGUCUUGA